AUGAGGAGCUCUGAGACUCAUAAGGCGAAUGCUGGUGCCAGCAUGCCAACAUCAGCUGAGACGCACAACUUCACCGACUGUCCCAGCGAAGAGAAUCUUACCGAGCCGCCUCUGGACGCGGCCAGCUGCCUCUUCCUCGCCAUCCUGCCCAACGAUCAGACGGUGCCGCCACUCGUCUGCGUUUUUCUUCUGCUUACUCUUGUCUCGCUCCUGGUGAACUUUCCCACCUGGCUGGCCCUGGCGCGAUCCGAGCAGCUCUCCCGGCAGCCACGCUUCACCUUCAUGAAGAACCAGAUCCUGUGCAACCUCAUAAAGAGCGCAACUUUCGGCACGGCGGUCAUCCACUCUCUGGUCCAGCGACGCACGAUGCCGUUCAGCACCUGGUGCCACAUUCAGUGUUUUAUAAGGUUAACCACCUGGUUCAACAACCGCCUCACGAUCAUUUGCAUGGCUCUGGAGCGGUACCUGUUCGUGUGCCACACCAUCCACUACUUGGUCAUUUUCACUGAGACGUGCAUGCGCAAAGUCCUGACCUUCAUCUGGAUCUCCUCCAUCACCAUCUCAGUCAUCACCAUGGUGCUGCUGCACACUGGCGAGGCUCAGAGCAGCGGUCCGGUCACCAUGGGGCUGCUGUGCGAGCCGAACAUGAUGGAGCAGCACAUGGGCUUCCCCAGAGCCUUUGCCAUCUUUCACACAGUGAUGAGCUUCUGGAUGUUGGAGCUGUAUCUGUUCACUUUCGUCUUUUCCUACUACUGGAUGUACCAGGACCCGAGUAACGCAGUGAUUCCAUUCAACGAGGACAACAAGAAGGCGCGUAAAACGGUGCUGAUCGACUCCUGCAUGUUUCUGAUGGAGCUCCUGCCAGUGCUACUCCAAGUCAUCUCGGACGCGCUGUGGGCGUUUCGGAGCCCCGAGGCGAUGACGGGACGCUCCUCUCAGGCUGGAGACGUGUGCACGGUGAAGCCCACACCCGGUGAAGCCACGGCAGCGGUGCUCCAUGUGCCCCUGCUCAUGAUGCUCAUGGUGCCGCCGUGCGUAAACCCGCUGGUGAACUGGCUGACGAACGUGAAGGUUCGCCAGGCGCUGCUCAGUCUGUUCCGCUGA